AUGCUUGAUGAUAAAGCAAACCAGGUUGACAGAAACAGGAUUGGAGGCCAACCCUAUCUUGUAACGUCAAAUCAAAACGAUCGACGUCCAUUAAUCGGCCCAGUCAAUCCUCAAACCACAGGCUCAUUUGCGAACACAAAUCACAACAACCAACAGCCCAGCACUCGAUUUGUCUUCCAAUCAAACAAUCAUCCGCUCGCGGCAACCGGGCCGUAUGCUCAUCUUCAACCUCAAGCCAACAGUAUGUAA